GUUCAGAACAAGUGCUUCAUCCAACAUGAGUCAGAAUAGUGUUCAAUCUACCGGAGCAAGUGGAGGAGGCAACUAUAGAAAAGUCUUCAAACCUAAUUUCGGAGAUGAUAGUGGACCUUCUACUCAUUCUGCAAGAACUGCAAUGAGGCAGAAUUCUAACAGUUAUGGGCAAGAUCCUGGAAAACCUCUAGUGAAGAAUAGACUUCCAAAGAAAGCUCCUUAUAAUUAUAGAGGAAUGAGUAGAGGUGAAGAAGACUCUGAGUAUCAUCCCACUGAAAGAAAAUCAGGCAUGAGAUCAAGUAGAAUCUCAGAUUCAAGGGAGAGGACCAAGCCAAAUAUUGGAUCAAUGAGAGGAGGAGUUAAUAAUGCUUCAAGAGCAAGCCAGGAACCUAAGAAUAGCUAUGGAGCUCCUAAACCAAAGCCUGCUCGUGGUCCUCCAAAGCCUGCUCGUGGACCUCCAAAGUUAAGUCAAGGUCCUACUAAACCAACCCGAGGUCCUACUAAACCAACCCGAGGUUCUACUAAGCCAACCCGAGGUCCUUCAAAGCCUAGUUAUGGGGCCCCAAAACAAAGCUAUGGUGAUACAUCACCUUCUAUCCCAACAACAAUUGGAGGAAUGUCACAUGAUGAGGAUACUGGAGUAAGAGGCGGAGGAAAGAGAGCUGCUGAUAUCUACAAUGGUGAUUUCGGUGAUGAAGCUUAUGAAAGACCCCAAGCACUAAAGCCAUGUCCAAGCUGAGGUAAAACUUUUAAUCCAGAAUCCCUUGCUAAGCAUAAGAAGGUUUGUCAAAAAGUGUUCCAGUCAAAGGCCAAGAAAUUUGAUACUUCGAAGCAGAGAUUAAUUGAUGGAGAACAUAAGGAGAUAAUGAGAGAUAGAAAGAGAGAAGAAAGAAAAUUUGGAGGUCUCAAAUCAAAAACAAAAAGAUCAGCAGCUAUGCCAGGCUCUAAGAAAUCUAAAUGGGCAAAACAGAGUAAUGCAUUCAGAAAUGCAAUGAGAGCAGCAAGGGGAGCCAAACCGUUAAAUGAAGGAUUUGGAGGAGAUCCUGGAGCCUUUGGAGGUGCUCCAGAUGAGGAUGACGAUUUGGUUCGUUGACCAACAUGUAAUAGAACUUUUAACGAAAAUGCAGCAAAAAGACAUAUUAUUAGCUGAGCUGAGAGAGCCAAACAAGCAGCAAUGAGAGCAGGACCUCCUCGUAAGAAGCCAAUGGGAAAAUUUAGAUAA